CUCACUAACACACACACUCAUACAAACACACACACACACACCGGCAGACUGUCUCAGCUUCGCUCUCCAUCUUGCCGCCUCAUCCCUCCCUGGACUCUCCGUCACAGGAUCUUAGCCCACUGCUGAGAGGAACAUCGCCAAAAUGUCGGACAAGCCUGACAUGACUGAGAUCGCCCGCUUUGACAAGACAAAGCUGAAGAAGACGGAGACAAAAGAGAAAAACCCUCUGCCUACCAAAGAGACCAUCGAGCAGGAGAGGAAAGGCGACGCCACACCUUAACUCCAGCACAAGACGAGAAGGAGCCGAAGAUGCCACAAGAAAAAUGAAGCACUUUCUUUUCAUUAUCACAGUGUUUGAAUCUCUUACAAUGUCUUAAGACAAAGGGGUUGCCUCGAGCUCCCUGAGGUGCUGUC